AAGUGUGUGGCAGAACGGGGGUGGACAGCAGGAGGCAGAGUGCCCCACCCAGGCUCCGUCUCACAAUGUGUCACGGUUCCGGGGCUGGCAGAGGACGCUUGCGGUGGAGGAGUUGGUGGCAGAGAGCAGUGGCACCAGAGCCAGGUGCUGAGAGACAGGCAGCCACCAAGCAGAGCAGCCUGCAGCGUGAACCAUUGUGCCCCUGCAGUAAGGCGGACCAGGAGCUUCAGCAGCUGGUCCUGUCAGGGCUGCCUGGCUGCAAGCCUGGCACAGCCAAAGUAGCGCUGCAAAAGGACGGCUGCGCUCAAACGGACAUCACAGGCCUGUGUGUAGCUGACACUAAACGUAUCAGAUGCCAGAGACACAGUGCAGUGGCUACCGUCAUCUCAAAACUGUGUCUCAGUCAGGCACGAUCCAGGAAGAUCUCCAUGCACACAGCCAGAAAAUGCCUGGAGAUAAAGCUUCGAUUCUUCCCUGUGGCAGUGCGGAAGUCCAUAGAACUGCUGCAACGUUUACAGCUAACACAGGGUGCCCCAGUCUACACACUCAAGAAGAAGUACCCCGUCGAUCUUGACCGGAUCAGGCGUGCGGCCAGGGCACCAGGAUCCCACCCAAUUCCCACAUACUUCUAUAGCCGGGAGGCUUUGUUCCUGUACAAGGAGGAGCGUGAGAAACUGGACCUGCACAUCUGCACCAGGAAGCUGGAGUGUCUGUGGUUCCGCCUCCCUUGUUAUCGUACAUGGCAUCCAUCAGAGUCCUCGGAGAAAGAGUCCACCUGCACAUAUGUGACUGCACCAUCUGAGGACUGGAUCAAGGAGGACUGUACUGAGGCAGGCCCUGAAAGACACAGGCGGUGGCCCUGGUGGAAGACAUGCCUGAGGGGACUCACCUCAAGAGGGCUCUGA